CCCGCUCACUGUUAAUCAGUCUCCCACAUGCUCCUUCCUGCACGCACCUUUCUGCUCCACUCCUUCCUCUUCAUCUUUCUCACAUCUAGUGCACCUCUAUGAGAUGAGAGGAGAGCGGUGGGAUUGUUUUUGACUGAGAGUAACAGCAGCAGCAGCAGCAGCAGAUGUUUGAAGAAGAUUGCCUUUCUUGGUGAGACUCGGCGAUGAAGGAAGAUUUUUUUCGUUCCCCUUCAAGGGUGUCGAGGUUUUCAUCCAGAAAAUGAGGAUAACGGAGAAACGCACAUGUUGAGAUUUUAACACCGACGAACCAGAUGGACCAAUAACAACGGGAAAAGAAGAAAGGAGAAAUGAUGAACACCACAGAGCACCAUGGAUUGAUCCAAGGCUACCACAACAGGAGCCGAACCUCUGGUAUUUCGCCACUUAACCAAGACUCGUCAGCCAAGGAGAAGGACUCGUCUUCAGGAUGCUACGAACAGCUACUCAUUUCCACAGAGGUCUUCCUCACGCUGGGCAUCAUCAGCCUGCUGGAGAACAUCCUGGUUGUUACCGCUAUAGUCAAAAACAAGAACCUUCACUCGCCCAUGUACUUUUUUAUUUGCAGCCUCGCUGUUGCUGACAUGCUUGUCAGUGUCUCCAACGCCUGCGAGACUAUCGUCAUAGCGCUCAUCAACGGCGGCAGCCUGACCAUCCCCGUCACGUUGAUCAAAAGCAUGGAUAACGUGUUUGACUCUUUGAUCUGUAGCUCUCUGUUAGCAUCCAUCUGCAGCUUGCUGGCCAUCGCCAUCGACCGCUACAUCACCAUCUUCUAUGCGCUGCGAUACCACAACAUUGUCACCCUACGAAGGGCGAUGUUGGUCAUCAGCAGCAUCUGGACGUGCUGCACCGUGUCCGGCAUCCUGUUCAUCAUCUACUCGGAGAGCACCACCGUGCUCAUCUGCCUCAUCACCAUGUUCUUCACCAUGCUGGUGCUCAUGGCGUCGCUGUACGUCCACAUGUUCCUAUUGGCACGCUUGCACAUGAAGCGGAUUGCGGCGCUGUCGGGCAACGCGCCCAUCCACCAGCGAGCCAACAUGAAGGGCGCCAUCACCCUCACCAUCCUCCUCGGGGUGUUCGUGGUGUGCUGGGCACCCUUUUUCCUCCACCUCAUCCUCAUGAUCACUUGCCCCAGGAACCCCUACUGCACCUGCUUCAUGUCCCACUUCAACAUGUACCUCAUCCUCAUCAUGUGCAACUCCGUCAUUGACCCCAUCAUCUACGCCUUUCGCAGCCAAGAGAUGAGGAAAACCUUCAAAGAGAUUUUCUGCUGCUCUCACGCUCUCUUGUGCGUGUGAGCUGCGACCCUGAGCUACAAUCAGCAAUUUCAAUGAAACUCGGCCGACAGGGACUUUGAGGUUUUGAGCUGUAAUCACUGUGGACUCAUGUGGCUCUGCUGUGCCUGUAAAUGAUUGAUAAGUUGAGCGCUUGCCUUUGCUUUCAGGUCGCUGAAGAGGUAGGUUUACAAAUACCUCGUAAUCCCUCUGUAGACAUGUGCUUUUUUUGUUUCGUAGUAAACUUUGUUCUAAAGUGCAAUUUGAAGUAAAUGUUUCCACCGUGUACAGUAUGUAACGCACAUGCCCAAAGCGUAGUUCUUUUACAAAUCCUUUCUUCUUCUGAAGUCUUGGCCGUCUGCAGAGCACACUCUCGACACACACACAUCCACACACACGCUGUUCACUGUCAAACUAAAUGAGAAAUACCACCGUCGGUUAUCUUAAUGUACCUAAAUGUGUUAUGGCACUUAAAUGUCACAGCUGUUGUGCAGAGGAACCUACAUGACACAGUGUGUGAUUCUCUGGAUAUCUAGCAAAGAGGUUAGCAUAGGAUGUGACAGACUACCUCCAUGUCUUACAUCACAGUUAAUGUACACCUCACUGACUUCCCUCGUGUGUUAUGUGCCAAUAAUGAAGGAGGAGAUGAAGGGAGCACUUGCUCCACUUUACCUGUUUCACAGAGGAAGCAAUCUUUUUAAGUUGAGUGUAAAACAACAGAAAGAUAACACGGGAGGAAACAGGACUACUUACGUGUGCUUUUCUAAAAGGAUAAGAACACCGAGAUCAAACUAGAUACUUAUGGCAAUCACAACACAAGAGCUCAAGCAAGAAACAGCUGACUGAGCUGCUGAGAUGUCACGCAGCAAACACAUCAACCAGCCGCUGUUUCUGAAGCUCACGCGUGACAUUAAUUGACUGGGAUCUAACGGGCAGGGUGGUACAGACGCUUUACAUAUUUACAGUAAUGAGGGUAUUUACAUGCCUUCAGUACAGAAUGUAUUUAAACAUUUAUUGAUUUUUUUGUUCAUAUGCACCUUUAGAAAAAUGUGAAAAGUAUUCAGGGUGACGUUGAACGUUUCCUCUCGUGUAUGUUCCCGUCGAUGAUGGCAGUUGUAUACACUACCUGAUCAGGGAUGCAGUUUUCCUAGACUGUCACCUCUGGUUCCCCGCUGUGACGCAGGGCAGCACAAAAGAGACUUUUAUCCCAGCGAUGAACACAAAGCUGCUUAAAUGUUUGCAAAUCAUGAUUUGUAUCUGAGCAAACGCACCCGUCACUAUUCUUCUUGUGAAUUUGUGCUUUGUGUAGAUAUACGUGCACAUUUGCACACGCGGGUCGCUCUCACUCUCAGCAUGUACGUGUGACCACACAGAGAUCUAUUUUUCAUCAUGUUUAUGUAAAAGGAAGAUUUGACUGAAUGUAUGUGUUGUGUAACUUGUUGCUUAUUUCCUCGCCUUAAAUAUAACGCACUGUGAUGUACAUAGCAACCUUAUCCUCUGUGACAGUAUUUGACCAAAUGAUGUAAUUAGUCUUGAUUGCUAUUUUCAAUAUUGCCUUAUUUAUGUAUGCCUUUUUAAACUCAAAGUGCAUUUCAAAGCUCGUAA